CCCGAGCUCAGGCUGCAAGGAAAAGUGGCUUCAUGAACCCCAAGGAUGUCCGGAAAGCACUACAAGGGCCCUGAAGUCAGUUGUUGCAUCAAGUAUUUCAUCUUCGGCUUCAAUGUCAUCUUCUGGUUCCUGGGCAUAGCAUUUCUUGGAAUUGGACUCUGGGCAUGGAAUGAAAAAGGAGUGCUGUCCAACAUCUCCUCCAUCACUGACUUGGGAGGCUUUGAUCCAGUUUGGCUCUUCCUCGUAGUUGGAGGAGUGAUGUUCAUUUUGGGGUUUGCAGGAUGCAUUGGAGCUCUGCGCGAGAACACCUUUCUUCUCAAGUUUUUCUCAGUAUUCCUGGGAAUCAUCUUCUUCCUGGAGCUCACAGCUGGCGUUCUGGCAUUUGUUUUCAAAGAUUGGAUCAAAGACCAGCUAUAUUUCUUUAUCAACAACAAUAUCCGCGCAUACAGAGAUGACAUUGAUCUGCAAAACCUCAUAGACUUUACACAAGAAUAUUGGCAAUGCUGCGGGGCCUUUGGCGCAGACGACUGGAACCUCAACAUCUACUUCAACUGCACAGACUCCAACGCUAGUCGAGAGCGCUGCGGGGUCCCCUUUUCCUGCUGCACUAAAGAUCCUGCUGAAGAUGUCAUUAAUACUCAGUGUGGCUACGAUGCUAGGCAAAAACCAGAAGUUGACCAACAAAUGGUUAUUUAUACAAAAGGCUGCGUCCCCCAAUUUGAGAAAUGGCUGCAGGACAACCUCACUAUCGUUGCUGGCAUAUUCAUUGGAAUUGCAUUACUGCAGAUAUUUGGGAUCUGCUUGGCUCAGAACCUGGUUAGCGAUAUAGAAGCCGUCAGAGCCAGCUGGUAAACUCGUUGACGGGUGCAGCAAAAGGCACUGGACAACUUCGACUCUCGGACAGUUCCGGUGUGUCACCUGGACGCCAAGCUUUAUGGAAAUGGAUGGUGGGGAAGUCUCAAGUUCUCAAAUAGUUGGAACUGCAUCAGACCCUUGGUCUAUUCCAGAGGGAAAUGCUCCAACUGCUUGCUGAUAAAAGCUUUUAAAAGCUCCUUUUUGAAAUGUGUCAAGCCGUGAAGCUCUACUGUAUCCUUGACUGAGUAACUGGUGGAUGCUCCUUUCUUCUUUCUUCUUCUACUUCUUCUUCCUUUUUUUUUGUGGUAAAUGGUCUGUGUCAGUUGGGACUUCAGUCACAGCGUAGUUUAGUGGGUGUGCUGUUCAUUCCCUUGUUUGGUCACUGCCAAACGUGAGGCAAUUUCUCUCUCUGUUGCACACCAAAGGAAUGGUGUGUUUUUCAACAGACAAAGCAGACCUGGCGCUCCUUCUGGAAGAAAACCCCUCAAAUAGAAAACCACUCGGCUGCUCUGCUUGUUGGCAAGAAAUAAUCCCUCUUCCACAGGACGUUCAAGAUCUGCUCUGUAAUGCCCUCUAUUGGAAACCAGCAACUUUAUUCCUGAGCCUCUUGCAACCUUAUUUCGAAAAGGGUGGUGGUAGAAAUGGGAUUGGCCGUCUUAAUCGGCAGAUUUAAGGGGGGAGGCUGCAGUAUUGAUCCUUCUUCGUGGCUUUUAACAAUUGGCAACAUGUAAUAUAAGAAGAGGUGUGAAAGGGUGAGGUUUCACCCCAACUCUUUAAUAAAGAGAAUGAGAAGUGUGGAGAAGUUGAAAGAGGACCCACCCACCUCAAUUUCAGAUAAAAGAGUGAAUGCUAUGGAAACACAUCUGUUUGGAAUCGUUUUGGAUCUCUUGUGUAAGAUUUGACACAGUUGGAUUAAUGUAUAGGGUGCCCCUUGAAACACUCUCUAGCUGGAUCUUCUGUUUCCCUCCAUUUUCUGCAUGUGGUUGUUAUAUAACCCUUUAAAAACUAUUCAUUGUGACGUUCUUGGUAUCUCUUUUGGGUAAUCUUCCAACUUGCUUAUUUAUUAGCAUCAAAGUGGAUUUGGCAUCUUUUCAUUUUGUACCUGGAGUUUCUCUUAUGGCUUCACUUCCAUUCAGUUGCCCCUGUUGAUUGCUUCUCUCUCUCUCUCUCUGAAAUAGUGAUGUGCUAUUUUAGGUAGAAUAAAAAGGCUUUUAAGACAUGUGAAGUAACCUUUAAAUUUACAUUUUUGAAGUAGGUGAAUUUGGCAAGAAGCGCAGUACAAAGCUCCAACUAGAACAGCAGUCGUAAAAGUUCUUGUUGUUGUUGUUGCAACUGUGUUUCAUUGCGACUGGCGGGUGUUACUUCUAGUGAAUGUGUCAGGGCCUGGGUGUAGGUGUGUAUAUUUGAUUUAUAUUUAAAGUAGCAAUGAAUAAUGCAAAGUUGAUGGUGCCUUCCGUGAAAGAAUUGAAUUUAACUUUUCUUAUCAAGUGGACGAAGUUGGGGUUAAUCCAGUUAUAUUUGGGGGCUGGGAAGUCAGUUAAUUUCUUUUCAGUACAUGGCAGGGAAGAUUAAUGUCUCAAGAUGGAAGCACAGCAUGGAAAAAAUACAUUUCCAGAUACUGCAUAGCAAUUUAGGAACCCUAAUUUGAGAAAGAGAGCUGAAACAAAUUCUUGAUAAACUGCGUCUUCAUUAAAAACAUUUCUUUAUUGUAGUGUGGGUUGAUGGUCUGAAUUAAUGCCUUCUCCAAAGGCUGCCAUUUUGUACCACUCUUUAAAGAACCAAGCAUUCCAAAUACAUUUAUCGUGGUAUUACCUCAUUCUCAAGAGAGCCUCGUACGACCUCUUUUGACUGAAUAUUGGGUGCUGUCCAUACUGUUGAAGAUGGGCAACUGAAGGCCAGCUGCAGUGGCUCUGAAAGUGGUAUUUAUAAACCUCUUCUCCUGAACUACGUAGUUCAGCGAGCUGUGUUGAGUGCAUGUUUAUGUUCUCUUAGCUUUGUUUAGGGCAGGGGUGGACAUCUUUGGGGAGUCCUGGCCCACUUUCUCCUUGGAACCCCCCUUCCUUGCAGGUCACACUCCUGCUGUUGCUGUACUGCUGAAAUUUGGCAGAGAAAGAAAAGCCCCCCAAAUUGAUGGCAAACCCCUGGGCGGGGGUUUGGCAGGGUUUUUUUGGGUAAAUUUUGGCAGUGCAGGGACACACCAGAGGCCAGGGGGCCCAUAUGUCAGCCAGACGUUGCCCACCCCUGAUUUAGGGAGCUACUGAUGUCAAGUAAACAAAUCCUUUUGCCUUGGAGUGGCAGGAUACAAAUACCCAACUGUAACAUUCUGACAGAGCUUCAGGUCUUGAAAAGCUCAGAAGCAGCUUUUCCGAAAUAAGGCCAAACAUCCAAGAUGCUUACAUGCAAGAAUGGGUUUGCUGAAGAAACAUUCCUUAUUGCUUCUGCUGCUACUGCAGGUUUCUGAAGAAGAAUUUCCAUUCUUCUGCUUGAGCCUCUACAGCUCUGGGAUGACUGACUCUGAUCUUGCUUUCCUGUUAAUCGGCUACCAUCACGGGGAUAGGUUUAGCACACCACCUUUGGGGUAAAUGCCUGGUUUUCAGAUUUCUGAUGGGCUGUGUGGCAUAAAUAGGAGCUGUCUUGUUGGUCCCAGAGAAGAGUAGAACUGAAAAAGAUAACGCAACCUUCUGUUUUCCUAGAAACCUGGAAGUUGUGUCUUGUGCAUGCACAGUAGGUGUGUUUCUCUGUGUCUUGCAGGAAAUUGAGAAAAAAUAAAUGUGGUGGGUUUUUUUUUUUUAAAAAAAAGACCGAAAACUCCUCUUUAUAUUUCUUCUGCCCUAUAUUCACUAUCUCUUUUGGCAUCUUCACCAAACAUAAUAUCUUGGAUCUUAUGAUUGGAUAAGUCCUGCAUUAACAUUGUUAAACGGAUUGAGGAGCUUAACAUCAAGCAUCUACAAGAUUGUACCCAGCUUUCUCUAUUCUGCAAAUCCAAAAAGCAUAAUUUUGCUAAAUGUUGUUCUGGCAAUGAUAAUAUUUCCCCCCCAAUACAAUAUUGUGGAUUUGUGUCUACGUGCUUUGAGAGAAGGGAGACCUAGUUCAGUCCUUAAUAAUGCACCAGGUGUGACGCUGCCAAGAGCAUACGCAGGAACUUGUUUUGGGUUACAUCAAGUUCAUCUCUGCAGUGGCUACCCCAGAUUGGCGCACCAUAUAGAAGAUGGGACACAGUCUUGGCUGCAAAGACCUUUAGGGUUGGUUCUACUAAAUGGUGGCCCUCAGUAUAGUGCAGUUUCUUUAUAGGUCCCAAUAGACAGGCAGCUGAAGAUGUAAUUGCCUCGAAAUGGGUAUGCCAUAGGGUAUUUUCAGAGAAAUUAAGCCCUAAAUAUUUGAAUGAAUGACAUUGUUCAAUGCUAUGUCCAUCCAGGGUCCAUUUAUGCUGCUCAUGCCUUUUGGCAAAGACAACCACUUUUGUUUUGCUGUAGUUAAUGGAUAGACCUUCCUGCUUGCAGUAGUUUCCAAAUUUAGUGAGUAAUCUUCUCAUGCCAGUUGAGUUAAUGAAAUAAGUGCCAUAUCUUCAGCAUAAAGCAGAACUGGGACCUUCUGUUUCCCAACCGCAGGAGGGAAAUAGGCAGAAGAAGAAAGCUCCUGAGUUAUGUCAUUUAUAUAAAGAUUAAAUAGAAGUGGUGCCAGAAUAGAGCCUUGUUUGACUCCCCUUACAGUUGGGAUUGAAUCAGUGAGGGAACUUGCCAUGCCAAUUCGAUGUGCAAUAUCGCUAUUGCACAUGGCUGAAUAAUUAAGAUUCCUUCUUUUGUUUGGUAUGUGUUCCUCCUGUUUUUAACAUCCUGUAUAUGGUGUUCAGAUCUCACAGGCUUCAAGAAUCCUACGGUUGACUCUGAAAUUUAGGGAGCCCAUUGGAAGAACUUCACAGAUAACGCACUAAGUUAAUAAACAAGCAAGUGUUUGCUAGCUACUACUGAUCAUGGUGGGCAGUUUCUGAAUGUUGGGACAUAGUCUGUAAGGUGACUUUUAAACUGUCUGUAUGAACCAAUUCCUAGACGUGUAUUCCAUUUCCACAUUAGUUUUACAAGACACAGAGGCAUGUAUGCUAAAUGCAAGCGUGUCUGCAAGAAUGAACUUGCAGAGCAAACCUCACACUAAAAUCUUGUGUAUCAGUAAGCAUUUAUAUCAAACAACCUGAUUUCUCAAAAGUAGUAUCUGUGUCAGGAAGGGAAAGAAGCUAAGCUGACUUUCAACCAGGAUCAAAUGCAAAAUAGCACGUGAUGUGGAAAGAGGAGAGAGUGAGUCUAGUGUGGGCAGAGUUUUUAGACAUCUGUCUGAGAGGAAAAGGAAUCGGCCACCAAAACGUUCAGAACUAUCCCAUGGAGUGUCUGGACCUCCCAAGUCAGCUUUGAAGUUUUCUCAUGUGUUGGGUUUGAGCCUGAUUAUUUGGAUGUUAGAGACUAAUAUUCCCAGCUACUAUGCAUGUCCUUUCUCUGCUCAUCUCUUUUUACUCUUUCUGCUUUUGAGAUGCAAGUAUGCACCCCACCUUGUCUUCUAAAAAUGGUAAAUAUGGGAAGUUUGUUACUUGAUGGCUGAAUCAAAUACUGCCUGCUUAACAAAUUACACAUUAAUUAUGGAUUGUGGUGCUUAGCAAAUCACAUAUGAAACAUACACAUCUGUAUCUGCUAGAUAUAUGGUCACAGUUGUGGAGUGAUGGUGUACCAAAUCCAAAAGCUACUUUUCAGUGUCCUCCAAAUUGUUAGGCCAGUGUUCAUAUUUAGUUUUCCACUAUGCACUUGCUUCCUGGACUAGUGAAUCAACCUGGGCAGAGGCAUUGUGAACUCUAUGGAGUUUUCUUAUUGCUCUAAACUUUUAUUUAAAUAACUGCAAUGUCUAGAAAUACUGAAUUCUCUGAGCUGAGUGAUCCUCUUUGGUCCAAAUGUCAUCACUCCAGUUCUUUUUUUUCCAGUUUGAGGCUGUGGAAACUUUUGUGUGUACGUUUGCUUUGAUUCUCCUCCUGUUCUUGGAGCGGAGUCCUCUCUUCGUUCAGCCAGAUGCUAAUUUUGUUGUGAAAUCAAGACUUGGAACCUGGCCUUCGUUUAGGUUCCAUCUGGUGUGUAAAUAAUCCUUUAAAUGUAAAUAGUAGCAUGCAAAUGAACUGAUCCAUGCACAGGAUUGUGAUUCAUCAUAAAUGUCUAUUUAUACCGAGAAGGAUGUAUGAGGCGAGUUUGCCUGCCCAUUUUAAAACUUAAGCUUUGUAUUGCUAUUGGUUCAAUUCUGGAAUGCUUUAAUAGCCUACCAUCUAGUGUCUGCUUGGCAAAACUGCAGCUUGAUGGACUGCCCACAGACUUUUUAUUCAUUCAGGAGCUGCUUGGGAUCUCUUCCUUCUACUGCCCGCUUGGGGAAUCGAUUAUAUUAUUACCUGCUGCAACUUCAGGAGCUUCAUCUACUACUGCUGUGUUGUCCUAAGAAUAAAUCUGUAUCUUCAUGGCUCACACUUACCAAAGACGGCUGAAGGGAACACUCAAGGUCUGCUCUCCUGAAAUGCCUGCCUGGUCAUAACACUAAGCUCAAUUCAGCAAAUAUCGGUGUGGGUCUGAGCAGGUCCACAGCCGCCAUGCUCUCUCCAUUCUUCCCAAACAUCAGCAGAGCGAGGAUCUACAGCUGCUUGUGCCCCACUCCUCUGCUUUAGUUCUAUACUAGUUGGAGUUCCCUAAAUUGGGCUGGGAGUAUACCUUUCAGGUUGCCUUUAUUAUUAUUAUUGCUUCUGUAUCUUUUAACACUCCUGUUUGACACGCAGAAAUGAAGCUAACAAGCAUCUUGUGAAAACAGUGGAGGACUACAUGCCCUGCAUUGGCCCAACCAUGGGGCUCCUUCUGCUGUGCAGAAGGGCAGGGGGAACCAUUCCAGCUCAUCUUGGGUCAGGGGUGCUUUUGACGACAGGUUGCCCUGAGUGCGUUCAAUCCUUGAAGAGAGUUCCGUACCUGAUGCAGCUGAACUAAUUCUGUAAGAGUCUCUAGUCUCAUUCUUUGUGUAUGAAGCUUGUCUUGAACAUGUGCUGUUAAGUUUCUUCAGUUCAAUGCUAACUCUUGAUGCUUCCAGACUUCCUAUAGUUCUCAGUCUUAAUUAUAGAAAGUGUUAUUAGAGAAUGCACAUCUUCCUGGUUAGGGAUAUUUCAACACAGAACUCCCGAAAGUCUGCUUUCUAGUUUGUAUAUAACCACUCGCAUAGAGGUCACCAUGUCUGGUGCGACAUGUUUGACAGGUGGAAAAUGUUGCACUGUUUUUCUUUUCCAAUCCAGUGCAACAUGUUUCAGGGCAGAUUUGUGAGCAGGAUAGAUUUCCUUCAGGCUCCUGUUCAUAUCUUCCUUGUACAACAAAAUUUUGGUUUUCAAUGUUGAUGAACCUUUUCUCUGUGUGGCUCCACAGGAAUUGUUGCCAAAACAUCGUGUGGACAAAACGCAACAAUAGAACUAGUUUCUGGGCUUGACGCAAUGGGGGAAGUGAGUAGUAAUACUUGAAGGACAAAGAAAAAAAGUGCCCUCUCCUUUUUCUAAUCGGUAUUGUGUUAAAUUGGGAAUUGCUACUUCCUCUCCUCUCCUCCUUGGUGAUAUAUGAGCAUCUUCCCUAGGCAACUUAGGGGGUUGCGGUUCCAUCUCAUGGUCAAUGAGAGUGAGCCUCAGUCCCUCUUCAAAGAUUUUACCUAGGCUGAAGAUGCUGUUUCCAUGGUGGAUAAAUAGGUGGGAUUGUCCCCAUCAUAUCUAAACAUGAACACCCAUUUUUGCAGGAAGCAGUACUGCACAAUCUUCUCCCCACGUUUGGUGUUGGUGUGGAAUGCCCACACCAUAAGUUACAUUGUGACCGGUGGAAGGAGAUGUCUAGGGUCUUCAGCAUGGGUAAGCAUUGAACCAGGCCACUUCCUUCUGCAGCCCCGAAUCCUUGCCUUCUGCCUCUCGUUACAUGUAGAUGUCAUGGAGGAAGAGAAGAAGUAUACUUCAGUUCUUAAUAGGAUACCCAAGAAUCGCCUUACCUGUGCGAGGACAUUAGGGUUGGCUUUAUCUGUGUAACACUGCACAGUGCACUGGGGUGGGGGAGAGUGUGUAUGUAUGCUCUUGAUGAAGUUAAGCACCUAAUAAAACUCAGUAUCAGUCACACUGAACCACGGUAGAUACUACUUAAGGGCAUGAAUGAUGGUAAAAUAAGCUACACCUGUAAGUUCUCACUGCAUAGUAUGUGCCUAGCAAAAGAUUAGCCUGAAGCAAGUGUGCUGUUCAUACUCAAACAUUGAAGAAGCUUAGGCAUGGAGGUCUAUGACGUUGCCUGGUUCUCAAACAUUAAAAAUACUGACUUCCCUUCCAAGUGUCUCUUCCCUAAAUCAUUGCACGUUGUAAUGGAAGGAGGCACUCAGUGUAAUUACCAUUGCGUUGUGCGUUUUCUUCUUUUUAUACGAAUGUAUUUUCCUGUGUUGAAAAGUCUUGUAAAUUGAAAAAAAAAAAUUGAUUGUAAAAGCCAAUUACACUUACUGAGGAUGGAAAGUAUUGUUAUAACAGAACUGCAUGCCAGUACAAUUUGACUGAGAUUGUGUUGUCUCAUUUCCACUUGGUCACGCUCGGUCUAUAAGUGGACAUAUUUUGCUUAUUUGCCAUCUUUCCUUCACAUUAGAAUAUGGUAUAUCGCAGCCCAUUUCAGUAGAUGUAACUGGACUUAAACAUGAAGUUCACACAACUUCUUUGUGUUAGUUUUUAAGGUAUUGAAAGUGGUCAUCAUGCUCUUUGUACCUUUUUUUUUAAUAGAUGCAAUUUUUAGGAAUGUUUUAAUACAUUUAUGAUGGGGCAACAUCGUUUUACUAGUUGUGCAGUAUUCUGUAUUUUACUUGAAGUAAAUCAUUUUAUAUGCAAUUUGUUAGUAUGAUUACAGUUUUAUAAAUAAAAUUGAGUGACAUUU